AUGGAACUAUUAGGAGUUCUUCCCACAGAACUAGAGAGUUUACAGAUCAAGAAGUCAGAGCUAAUGCGACUCACUGAAGCUGAUCGUGCAUUGCUGGCCGGCUUAAAUCGUCGACCAAACAUCUCCAUGGACAAAACAUUGGUCGCCCAGAUCCAACAUUUAUGCACUAUCGGGCUGAAGGGUGAGAUCGAAGUGUUGGACAAUCUUGGUGCACAGGCUCUCUCGGAAUACUUGACAAGAAAAUUGAGUGCAUUUGAUAUUCAAUAG